GUCGUUACAGCCCACUCUAAAAAUCAGUCAAAACCGGCUCACGGGCUCCAAGUCAAUGAAACGGCAGUAAUUCAUAGAGCACGGUCCUCACAUCCCCAUCCUCAAGUUGGUGUUACAUGUUUUAUCCGAGGUAAACCACGGGGAGAGCUUCAUCUGAAGGACGUUUCUCAGAAAUUCACCAUCAAAGAAAAUCCGUCCGGGAAAUAAGGGACAGACACAAAGUUUCUCUAUAGAUCUUCCUCUCUCACACUCGCACACUUGAAGGCCGAAAAGAAUCACUCUGAAAGCAUGGAGCCCGCAGAGAUGAACGCUAUCCCCAACGGGAAGGGCCACGGAGCUGUAGAGGAGACUACUGUGACUGCAAUAAAAAUCCAAUCAGAAGAUGCAGCUCAGGAACUUGUACCAAAUAGCACUGAAAAUGCCAGUACCGACAGGACUCCAGGUAAUGCAGAGGCAAACCUGGCAGAAAGCUCAGAGUUCCUGUCCAACACAGAUGACAAGAAAACCCCUCACUUCACGGAUUUUGAGGGAAAGACUUCUUUUGGGAUGUCUGUCUUCAACUUGGGAAACGCCAUCAUGGGAAGUGGAAUUCUGGGAUUAGCGUAUGCAAUGGCUAACACGGGCAUUGUCCUCUUUGUAAUUCUCCUCACUGUUAUCGCUGGUCUCUCUGCAUACUCCAUUCACCUGCUGCUAAAAUCUUCAGGCAUUGUGGGCAUUAGAGCUUAUGAACAACUGGGCUUCCGAGCCUUUGGCACACCAGGAAAGAUGGCUGCCGGCAUUGCCAUCACCCUACAGAACAUUGGAGCCAUGUCCAGCUACUUGUACAUAGUAAAGUACGAGUUUCCACUGGUUAUCCAGGCUUUUCUCAAGGUGGACAAUCCAUCAGGGGAGUGGUAUUUAAACGGCAAUUACCUGGUUGUCAUUGUAUCGUGCUGUGUCAUCUUGCCGCUGGCUUUAAUGAAGCAGCUUGGGUACCUGGGCUACACCAGCGGUUUCUCUCUCACUUGUAUGGUCUUCUUCCUUAUUGCGGUGAUCUAUAAGAAGUUCCAGGUGAAAUGUCCUUUUGAGGACUUUGCCUAUAACAGGACAACGUCGGGCUUUAACACAAGUGUGGCAGCUGAUCGCGGAGGAGUGGAGAUGACCCCUGAGGGGAACCCUGCCUGCACCCCCCGCCUCUUUAACAUCAACUCACAGACGGCCUACACGGUUCCCAUCUUGGCGUUCGCGUUCGUGUGCCACCCCGAGGUGCUGCCAAUUUACACUGAGCUGCGCAACCCUACAAAGACAAAGAUGCAACACGUCUCCAACAUCUCCAUUGGAGUCAUGUACGUCAUGUACCUCUUGGCUGCUCUGUUCGGGUAUCUGACCUUCGUUGAUAAGGUGGAAGCUGAGCUGUUGCACACCUACAGUCGAAUCGACCCGUACGACACACUCAUCCUGUGCGUUCGUGUGGCGGUGCUGACUGCCGUCACACUCACUGUACCCAUCGUGCUGUUUCCCGUAAGAAGAGCGAUUCAGCAGCUGUUCUUCGCAAAUAAAACCUUCUGGUGGCCACGUCACAUUGCCAUAGCUGUCACCCUCCUCACCCUGAUCAACUUACUGGUCAUCUUUGCCCCGAACAUCCUGGGCAUCUUCGGGGUCAUCGGUGCCACGUCCGCGCCGUGCCUCAUCUUUAUAUUUCCAGCUGUGUUUUACAUCCGCAUUGUUCCCAAGGAAGAGGAACCCUUGCGCUCGGCGCCGAAAAUCAUUGCUGCUUGCUUCGCCUUAUUAGGAGUCCUGUUUAUGAUAAUGAGCCUGAGCUUCAUCAUCAUUGAUUGGACAUCAGGGACCAGCAAUGCAAGCAGUGGUCAUUAGGCCUCUCCCUCUAAUGGUUUAUGCUCUUUAGUAUUACUUUCGGGUCAGUAGUUGGGGAGGAUGCAUAAUCUCUCAGUGAUCAGUCACAAGAGUAGUACCAGAUUCUUAGCUUUAGUUGCAUUCAAUUAUUGUAUUAUUUCGCCAUGCGACCUGCAUAUGCUGUAAAUGGGGUCUUGCCCCAUCUCAGGCCGGCAUUAAAUCCAUUUAAAGGCCAUCCGCUCCUAAAAAGGAGUGGUUGGGACAAGGAAAUAGGGAGAAAUAACAAGAACAAGAAAAAAAGCAGUAUGCAGGGUUUGCAAACAAAAGGGAUUUUGCAUUCUAACCAAACAGACUCAUCCACUGGCCCAACCUCCCAUCCAUCCCUUCAUACAGUACCUCUGCCCUUCAGCCACAUUCACAAGAGAUUAGAAUCACAGUAAGUGCUCAGUCCUGAUGGGAGGAUUGGUGGUUAUUAAAGCAUAUUUCAUCAUAUCUCAUGUUAGAUAUAGCAAUACUGUGUGCAAUAGCUGUGAGAUAUCUGACACUGAAGGCUGUUGAGAAGCCUUGUCCAGAAUCCAGCCUUCAUUUGGCUGCAGUCUAUUACACAAUUUCAAAUUUAUGCAAACUGUACGUAUAGAUGAACUGGUCACAUUUUAUAUGGAUUUAUAAUAUUUAUCCUUUCUACAGUAUUUAGAGAUAAAUAUAUUAGUAGAUAUAUGAGCAUAGAUAUACACGAUAUAUAUAUAUAUAAGAGUAUUCCGAUUCAUCUGGUGUUCUCAAGGUUGUCUCUCACAUCCUCUUACAAUAUUUGUGAUUAUUUCGCUAAAAUGCGAUAUUUAGAUGAUUUAGAUUUUAAAAAGACAGAAUCAUCCAAGAUGAAAGGCACAAUCUUCUUUUUUUUAGGAACACUACUGGUUGCAAUGGGAAAGCACAGUUAAUCAUAGGGUCAGUUUAUAAUGAUCCCAUGAGUUCUGCUGACAGACUGAUUUUGAAACACCAAAAAACAUAGAUUCACAGGGUCUUCUCCUUAACUGGAGAAACAAAUGUGGUGCAUUGAUGCACAUAAAUGUUUUAGCUGCAGGGAGGUAACAUUGCCCGGUGGAAGCUGAUCGGUUCUGCUUCUAGAGAGGAUAUUAACACAAGUAGACAGAUGAUUUUGGUCAUUCGGCGAAUAUUGAAACUGUAGCACUUUCGGUUGAAGCACAACUUGCGCUCAGUCUCUUGACCCAGCUACAACUUACAACAUAAUCAUAGAUUAAUAUAUUUUGUAGACAGAUAUAUGAAUAAAAUCCUAUGUACUACUAAUUGUAAAUUGUUUGAAGAUAAAAAGUAAUGUGUGGAUGUCUAACAUGGUACAUUAAUAUUUUAAACAUUGUAAUUGAAACUUGUCAUCCUAAAAAACUAUAAAUUAAGCACUUACUGGCCCAUAAUGAUCUUAGUGGUAACACUGUGGUGUUUUAGUGUGUGUGUAUGUGUGUGUUCUCUCCUCUUCUUGCUAAUGGAGAAAGAAUACUUCAGUAUGUGAAUGUACUGUAAUGGACUAUAAGAUGUCUAAAUGGAUAAAUUGUGGUACUGUUUUAUUCAUUUUUGUCUGUUUAAUUCAUGUUUAAUGGAUAGACCAGCCACACAUAUAACUAAAUCAUCAUAUCUGUGAACCUGUAUUAGCAUAAUUACAUAUCUCGAUAUAUUUUUUCAGUGUUUUACAUGUCCCUGGUGCUGCAUCGAGGGCCUGUCGGACAGUAAAAAGACACUGUAAUUUAUUCCAGAUUACAAUCUGUACUUGCUUGUUUAUCAUGGCAUCAUUUCCCUCUUUGGUCUUUUGGAUAUAGAGACAUAUAUAGAGAAAUUUAUGAUUUAAUAUGUCUGCAUGAUUGCUGAAGUGCAUCACUGAAAUACCCCAUUGAUCAUUUUUUUGGUAAAGAAGUGUUAAAUUGUGUGUUCUGGUGAUGGUGAGAUGUUAUUUGUAGUGGUGUAAUGCCUCACACACCAAUGUGGUUGCUUUCUCAAGCACAAAAGUGUCCCAUUGUUUUAGCAGUGUGUGUUGAUGUCUGUUCACAUGCCUGAGAACUAAAUGUGCCAGUUGUUAAAGAAUUGCCAGUAUCCGUCCUUAAAUAUACCAGUGGCUAUAAAUGAUUCAAAGUCUGAACUUGACUUUGAAAGUAGUCACAUUGCCCAAGUUGCAUUUCACCCCAAAAUCAGACAAGAAUAAAUAUAUAAUAUAUGUUUCAUUAUUUAUAUACUUGUAUUCAGCUAGGACAAAUCAAAGUGGACAAAAGUGACAAUUAAUAGAUGUUUCUGGUCUUUUGGCACUUUCAAAGAAUUCUAACAAACAGCACAAAAUCAACAUUAUAUAAAAAUAUAUAUAUAUUUUUAAAAAAUCUUAUCGGCCCAAGAUGUGCAUAUCUAUUCAAUUACGAUAUAUAUAUAUAUAUAUAUAUAUAUAUAUAUAUAUAUAUAUAUAUAUAUAGGCUAGGAAUAUAUUUUCUGUCAUUUGAUUUUGGGGUGACAUUUGGUGAGAUUCACUGAGAGAGAUUUUAAUUUUCAGUUUGAUAGUGUUUAUGAUUAUUAAAACAGAGCAUAAUUUCUAUGAGUAUUUUUAAGGAGAAAUAAUUCCUGUCUGAUUUAUCCACUGCAUAAAAUAUUGAUUUUAUGAUGACGUUAGUUCAAGUUAACCAGUAAAAUCGUAUAAACUUCCUAUCAGUAGAAAAAUCUUUAGUAUCAAUGAUGAAUCAUGGAUAAAUAUAGUUCCCUUUAUAAAAGCACAGUCUGAUUGCUGCAACUAGAGCAUUAGCAGGGGUGCACCAGAAACUGACCUGAACGACAAGAUCCCCCAUGAUGCAGUGCUUCCAUCCCCAGGCUUUUACACGCACAGCUUAGUAGAUUUUGAGCUGAUGCCUGGGCUGACAGCAGCACUUUUCAAGCACCUGCAGAUCACACCGCUAUGAUCUCCAAAUCUGCAAGGUAUUACAAAGUAGCAGAAGGGGGGAGAUUUGAAUUGUCUUUUUAGCAGCUGUGUACUUGUGUCCAUUCUGUGUGAUGUUUCCCUUGUGAUGUAAUGAAAGUGUCAUCUGUUUGUAACAGUUUAAACGAGUUCAUUACUUACAUGGCAGCAUUUAUAAAUAAUGUACAUAAAUGUAAACCCUUUAUAUUAUAAGCACAUCUGUAGUUUGUAUAUUGUAAAUAGUCAGAUGAUGUUUAGUCUGAUGAUUAAAACUUAAUAAUUUUUAAAAAUGCUUUUUAAAAAGCCAGUUUAUGUCUUUAUUUUCUUUAUUCUCAGUAUCGAGUACAUUGCUGGCAGUUAAUGUACUGUAAACAAUGUUCAAAUAAAAUAAAAUAAAGAAUAAAUAAUAUUCAAUCAUUCUUGA